AUGGGUAAGAAGAUAAAGAAGGAAGUAGAGCCUCCCCCUAAGGAUGUGUUUGAUCCAAUAACAAUUGAAAUUAAAAAAGCUGCAACUGUGGUGUUAAUGCUUAAUUCUCCAGAAGAGGAAAUUUUGGCUAAAGCAUGUGAAGCCAUUUAUAAAUUUGCUUUAAAAGGUGAGGAAAAUAAAGCAACCCUCCUUGAACUUGGAGCUGUGGAACCCUUAAGUAAACUGCUUACCCAUGAAGACAAAAUUGUCCGAAGAAAUACUACCAUGAUAUUUGGAAUUAUGGCUUCUAAUAAUGAUGUUAAAAAAUUGCUAAGGGAAUUGGACAUCAUGAACUCUAUCAUUGCUCAGCUAGCUCCAGAUGAAGAAAUUGUUAUCCAUGAGUUCGCUAGUCUUUGCCUAGCAAACAUGUCUGUCGAGUUUACGGGUAAAGUGCAAAUAUUUGAAUGUGGUGGAUUAGAGCCACUUAUUCGACUCCUGAACAGCCCGGACCCGGACGUGAAGAAAAAUUCCAUUGAGUGCAUUUACAACCUGGUCCAGGAUUUUCAGUGUCGAACUGCACUUCAAGAACUAAAUGCAAUUCCUCCUAUAUUAGAGCUCUUGAAGUCAGAAUAUCCAGUUAUUCAAUUGUUGGCUCUCAAAACCUUAAGUCUUAUUUCACAUGAUAAAGAGAUACGAACAAUGCUAAGAGAUAAUCAAGGAGUAGACCAGCUUAAUAAGAUCCUAGAAACAAAGGAAUGGAAUGAUCUUCACAUAGAGGCACUUGCAGUGGUGGCCAAUUGCCUCGAAGACACAGAAACUAUGGCAUUGAUCCAUCAGUCAGGUGGUCUGAAGAAGCUACUAACAUUUGCAGAAAACUCUACAAUUCCUGAAAUUCAGAAGAACGCAGCAAAAGCAAUCACUAAAGCCGCUAAUGAUGCUGAAAACAGAAAAUUUUUCCAUGAGCAAGAGGUUGAAAAAUGCCUCGUAUCCCUGUUGGGUUCUGAAAAUGAUGGAACCAAAAUUGCUGCCUCCCAAGCUAUUUCAGUGAUGUGUGAGAAUACAAGCAGCAAAGACUCUUUCAAUACUCAGGGGAUUCCCCAGUUAAUUCAGUUGCUAAAAAGUGACAAUGAAGAAGUAAAGGAAGCAGCUGCACUGGCCCUCGCUAACCUGACUACUAACAACCCAGCUAAUGCCAAUGCUGCCGCGGAAGCCGAUGGCAUCGAUCCCCUGAUAAACACCCUGUGGAGUAAACGAGACGGGGCCAUCGCCAACGCCGCCACGGUCCUCACGAACAUGGCCAUGCAGGAGCCGCUCCGCGCCAGCAUCCAGAGCUGCGGCAUCAUGCUGGCCCUGCUGCAGCCGCUGCGCUCGGCCAACACCGUGGUGCAGAGCAAGGCGGCGCUCACCGUGGCCGCCACGGCCUGCGAGCACGACGCCCGCACGGAGCUGAAAAACUCCGGGGGGCUGGAGCCCCUCGUGGAGCUCCUGCACUCCAAGAAUGAUGAGGUCCGGAGGAACGCCAGCUGGGCCAUCAUGGUCUGCGCCUCCGACGAGUCAAUGAGCACGGAAUUGUACAGAUUAGGGGCUUUGGAGAUACUUGAAGAAAUCAAUCAAUCAGUAAGGCGGAAAAAUAAAUUCAGUGAGCUAGCUUAUAACAAAUUACUCAACUACAACCUAUCUCUGAAAUAUAGCCUGCUCUGCUAUUUGUCAUCAAGUAACAUAAUUACUGAUGGAUUCUAUGACUAUGGUCGGAUAAAUCCUGGCACCAAGCUUCCACCGUUGAAAGAACUCUGGUUACAAGAGCUAAAUGAUCACCGUCCUGUACUCUUAAUUAACAGUAAAUGUUCUGAUGUAGUUUCACCUCAAUCGACAGAAGAUAAACCACUGGAUACUGCUUAUGGACGAAGUGUUUCUACUUCAUAUUCAUUAAGAAAAGGAAGUAAAGAAAAGAUCACUAUUGGGUUUGCCUCUCCCACAGAAGAGAAGUCAGAAUCGACAUCUGGGAGAAAUACUGCUGUUAGCAAAAGUGCCUCUAAAGAUAAAGGACCAAGGAAGGGCAGGGGGAAAAAAGAAGAGGAAAAAGUGAAGGAGGAGGAAGAGGUUCCGGCAACACCAAAGUCAAAUGAAGGAACAUCAGAGAGAGAAUGGCAUUUGCCCCCUGACCCUGACUUCUGCAUUUACGUGUAUGAAGUCACAAAAUCCAUACUCCCCAUCAUCAAUAUUAAGGACCAGAUUGUGACUCUUGCAAAGUAUGUGGCAGAAAAAAUGGGUGGUAAAAUUCCAAAAGAGAAACUACAAGAUUUCAGCUGGGAACUGCAUAUAAGUGAAUUAAAAUAUCAACUUAAAUCCAAUGUAGUACCAAUUGGACUGGUCAAGAAAGGAUUCUUUUACCACCGAGCUUUGCUUUUUAAGGCUCUGGCAGAUAAAAUUGCUGUCGGCUGCUCUCUGGUUCGAGGGGAGUAUGGCAGAGCUUGGAAUGAAGUUAAAUUGAUGAAUGAAUCGAGUAAGGGGAAGAUCGGGGGUUUCCUGCCCCCUCAAGAAUACAUAGUUGACCUAAUGUUCUCUCCAGGAACACUGUUGAAGCUAAGAAGCAAAGAGGCAGAUCUGUACAGGUAUCUCUAA